ACUGUAUGUUAUAGCACUGCAUCAGAAAUCUAAUUAUGGCGGAUUAUUAGUUAUUUUAGAAACUGGAGUUAUAUUACAAGCAAGUGGUGGUAGUAGUGCUGGUUGUAGACUUGGGAAAGGGACCAAUGUUUUGGUUGGAAUGAAAAUUGAGAUUCGUCCAAUAGAAGUUUAUGGCGAUUAUGAACAAGUGGUAGAAAUCGAAUCAGAUGGAGCAUCACAACAAUUUGCAGGAAGUGAAUCAGAAGAUAUUAAUAAUAAAUUUACUCAAACAAUAGAAUGA